AUGCUGCUCAACACCGUCGUCCCUUCGACGGGGCCGCUCAUCACCGCCGUUGGCCUUUCCGGCCUCCUCCUCUCCGAAUACGCUCGCUCAAAGCCCGGCGUCUGGCUCACCAAGCCCCUCGCAUCCCUCGGCUUCCUGUACACCGCCUACCACUCACCCGCCGCUGCGACCUCGUUCGGUAAGACCGUCCUGGCUGCACUCGGCCUGUCCUUCCUCGGCGACGUCUUCCUCAUCCCCGACAACCCCACCACGUUCCAGGCUGGUCUCUUCUCCUUCCUCCUCGGUCAUGUCGGCUUCGCGCUCGCGUUCUUCAACUCCGGCCCCCUCGACCCUCAGCUGACCAUCGCUGCGGCCGCCGGUGAGGCUGUUCUCGGCGGCCUUGUCUGGAAGUGGCUCUCGCCCUACCUUCCCCAGGCUGACCGCAUCCCUGUCGCGCUGUACACCACCGUCAUCAGCGCCAUGACCGUGCUCGCGAUCGGUAGCUCGAAGAACUCCCCUGUCCCUUGGGAGCAGAUUGCAGGCGCCAUCGUCUUCCAGCUCUCUGACCUCUGCGUUGCGCGUAACCAGUUCGUCACCCGUGACCUCUGGAAUGGACUCAUCGGCCUCCCGCUGUACUUCUUCGCUCAGCAGACGAUCGCGUCCCUUCUUUGGGCCUAA